UCGUGUUUGUCGUUUGCCAUUGGGAACAUGGCAAGUUUUCAAUUCAAGAUUUUGGCCUUCCUGGCCGGACUUCUAGUUUUGGUUGGCGAGGCUAACUCCGCCCUACACCGAAUACCCAUUCAGAGAUCGCCAAACUUCAAGCGCAGCCACAAAAAUAUUGUGGCAGAAAGGGAUUUUGUUCAGCAGAAAUACAGUCGCCAGUACUCCGCCAAUAGAUAUCCCACGGAGCACCUAUCCAACUUCGAUAAUUUUCAAUAUUACGGAAACAUUAGCAUUGGAACCCCUGCCCAGUACUUUUUGGUACAAUUCGACACCGGUUCCUCCAACCUUUGGGUGCCGGGAAGCUCGUGUAACAGCACAGCGUGUCAGGAUCACCAGGUCUUCUACAAAAAUCAAUCCAGUAGCUAUGUGGCCAACGGAACGACCUUCUCCAUAAUCUACGGAACUGGCAGUGUUUCUGGUUAUCUAUCCGUGGACAGUGUAGGCUUUGCUGGCCUGACGGUGCAAAGUCAGACGUUCGGUGAGGUAACCACCGAGCAGGGAACCAACUUCGUAGAUGCCUACUUCGAUGGAAUACUGGGCAUGGGAUUUCCGUCUCUGGCCGUGGACGGAGUCACCCCCACGUUUCAGAACAUGAUACAGCAGGGUCUUGUUCAAAGCCCAGUGUUUUCAUUUUUCCUGAGGGACAACGGCAGCGUAACCUUCUACGGAGGUGAACUUAUUCUGGGCGGUUCUGAUUCCUCGCUUUACAGUGGUUAUCUCACCUAUACGGAUGUCAUUGAGACUGCAUAUUGGAAGUUCCAAACGGAUUAUAUCAAAAUCGGUAGUACUUUCAUUAGCACCUUUGCCGCGGCCAUUGCGGAUACUGGAACAUCUCUGAUUAUAGCUCCGCUAUCGCAAUAUGCUCAGAUUUCUCAAUUAUUUAAUGCUGAUUCGGAGGGAGUUUUUCAAUGCAGUUCCACCACUUCUUACCCGGAUCUAAUAAUCAACAUUAACGGCGUGGACUUCAGGAUCCCAGCCAAGUAUUACAUCAUCCAGGAAGGAUAUUACUGUUCGCUGGCCAUUCAAUCCAUUAACCAGGACUUCUGGGUCAUGGGAGAUGUGUUUCUGGGUCGUUUUUACACUGAGUUCGAUGUGGGCAAUCAAAGGCUGGGAUUCGCGCCGGUAAACUCAGCAGUUUCCCUGCGGCAAGUGCAUCUGUGGCGCCUCUUGACUUUACUGCUGGCUUGUGGAAUUUGGAAGCUGAGAAAUUAGUUAAAUUUUUUUUUUUUUUUUUUAAGUAUUUACCAAAAUUGAAAUUAAAAUCUAAAGUAUUUAUAAAUCGAACCAUCCCUAAACCCACCGACUUUGAAAUGUACAAAAGAAAUUGAAAUAUAUAGAUAGUUUACUUAGUCAUGGCUCUUAUGACUGGACAA